AUGCCUGCUCCUGGAACCCUGCCUGACUCGGCAGAUGAUAAGUCGCAGUCCCGAGUCAGUCGAUCCAAGCCCAGUACCGACUAUAAGUCGUUUCUGUCCAGCUGCACUCGCCGCAGUGAUCUCAGCAACCCAAUUCCGUCUUCUCUUCUUUACGAGUAUCUCCUUAUUAUGACAACCCCCAAGUCUCAGAGCGGAAGCAGUGACGUCGAUAUGGGUCGUGUUGAGAACCUUGAGAAUGUGCGCUCUGCCACCAGCAUCUCCAUGAGCCCAGAGAUAUUUGAGAAGCUCUACCUUUCCCCCCCGAAUGCCGUCAAGGGAGAUCUUAGGAAGACAUUUGGCAACCCAACUCCCAUGGCACUUGCAGGGUUUCUGCUGGCUUUGAUGCCUUUGACGGCUGCACUGAUGGGUUGGCGCGGAGCCAGCAAGUUUGCCUCGUCCAACAUUCCGGCCUACUUCUUCUUAGGAGGCGUCCUCAUGCUGAUCAGCGGCAUCUUGGAAUGGAUUCUGGGCAACACUUACCCUGCCACCGUCUUCAGCAGCUUUGGCGGUUUUUAUCUGACUUUUGGGGGCAUCCUUAACCCAUCUUUUGCUGCAUUCUCUUCAUAUGCGCCCCCAGAUGCCAAGUCUGCGGCCGAAGGCAUGACUACUGAAGGGUUCAAUGCCAGCCUAGGCUUCUUCUUGUUGGCAAUGGCCAUUUUAUCCAUCAUCUACCUCAUCUGCUCCCUGCGAACCAACGUUGCCUUCGUCAUCAUCUUCUUGACGCUGGUCCCAGCUCUGUUCCUGCUCGUCGGGGCAUUUUGGGUUUGGGCUGAAGAUUAUACGGCCAAUACACCCCUCGCCCAGAAGCUUUGCCAGGCUGCUGGGGCAUUACUCUUUGUCACUUGCCUGUCAGGCUGGUAUAUCCUCCUCGACAUCUUGCUCGCUGUUGUCGACUUUCCGAUCCAGAUUCCUGUGGGCGAUUUGACAAACGUGGUCAAGAGCAAGAGUUCUAAGCCGUCCUAUGGUGGCGAUGGCGAGGCAUAA